AUGCUGGAGCACAUAGAUCACUUUGACAAUCUUUGUGAUUCCUAUGGAGUUUUUGACUUUGAGAAGAAGAUGAUGCUAUUCAGCACAUCACUAGCUGGACCAGCACUAGAUUGGGCGCAGCAUGAGCCACUCUCUACAAUCGAGUCAUGGAUCGAUUUUAGAGAAGCUUUCUUGGAGAUUUGCAAGGAGACCACCUUUCAAAUCCAACAUGUGGAGAGGAAUCCUUUCUACAAUUCUACUUCAGAGUGUGCAAAGGAGCAUCUAUGCAACUUUGAGCAGCUUUGCCAUGACUAUGGACUUGGAGACAACCCCAAGAAGAUACAACUUUUCCAACUAUCUCUAGCUGGACAAGCCAAAGAAUGGGCUAAGUUCAAUGCCCAACAUGCUUUCAAGACUUGGAAUGGAUACAAAGGAGCUUUCCUCACAGAUUUGCAAAGGUCCUAUUUAUGUCCCACCACCACGCCCAAGCUAUUCACAUCACCAUCCAUCAUCACCAGACAUAAACAAGACACCACUUUUCCCAAGGGAGAGCUAUCAAGCUGCGCCAAACCAAGAUUGAAGAUAUGCUUCAAGAGUACUUGA